AUGGUCAAGGCUGUCUGCGUCGUUCGAGGCGACUCGAAUAUCAAGGGCACUAUUGUCUUCGAGCAGGAGUCCGAGUCCGCCCCCACCAAGAUCUCCUGGGACAUCUCUGGCCACGAUCCCAACGCCAAGCGUGGCAUGCACAUCCACACCUUCGGCGACAACACCAACGGCUGCACUUCUGCCGGUCCUCACUUCAACCCCCAUAGCAAGAACCACGGUGCUCCUCAGGACUCGGACCGUCACGUCGGAGAUCUCGGCAACAUCGAGACUGAUGCCCAGGGUAACUCCAAGGGCUCCGUCACCGAUAGCCUUGUCAAGCUGAUUGGCCCCGAGAGCGUCGUCGGCCGCACCAUUGUUGUCCACGCUGGUACUGAUGACCUCGGCAAGGGAGGAAACGAGGAGAGUCUGAAGACUGGCAACGCCGGCCCCCGCCCCGCCUGCGGUGUCAUUGGUAUCUCCGCUUAA